AGAGAUCCUACCUCUUUUGAUCAGAGAUGUUGAAAAUGACGAGCAAAGUUUUGGCUUGGUCCCUUGCUUUCCACAGGAGAAUCACAUCUUAACCCUGUAACUCUCCCUGUCCCGUGGGAGUGUGCAAAGGGAGGGAAAAUAAGCGGCGUGGGUGAGGGGUGGCGGAGCAGAGCCGAGGAAGAGAGGCGGAGAGGCGUGAGCCAGCCUCUAGCAGGAGGGCGUGGAUCCCCGUACAAGCCAGAACAGGUCCUGCCUUCUCGCGGCCAGUGCCAGCGGCAGGAGGAGACAGGCGGGAUCUCCGUGGACAGACUCGGGGUGCAGACCAGCGGGAAGCGGCUGGCGAGAAACUCCCGCGGAUCUACCCGGAACGACUGAACCCUUCCCGUCCCUCUCCCCGCUCCCGGCCAGCUUGGGGGAGAAGUUUCCCGAGGGAAGGCACAGGACUAAUCGCGUGCGGGAGGCGACUCAGGUGCUGUAAACUGCAAACAAUGAUUCUGUCUUAAUAUUGCAAACAUACCAUAGUGGAACUAAGGGGAACUUAAUUUACCGUUUCCAGGUUAACUAAGGUCUCUUCAGCUUUAAAUCAAAAGUAAGAGGAGACAUUAAGAUCGUCAUUCUUUCUGAAUUGUUUCCUUUUGAAGAGCAAUGGAGAUACUUUUAAGUGGAAGAAGAUUACUCAUACUUGUAAUUUUGUUAAAAUUCUCAACAGCGAUUGAAAUACCACCCUCAGUUCAACAGGUUCCAACAAUCAUAAAACAGUCAAAAGUGCAAGUUGCCUUUCCCUUUGAUGAGUAUUUUCAAAUUGAAUGUGAAGCUAAAGGAAAUCCCGACCCAAUAUUUACAUGGACUAAGGAUGACAAGAUUUUUGAUCUCUCUGACCCUCGGAUAAUUAUAUCUAAUAAUUCAGGAACAUUCAAGAUCCCAAAUGAAGGGCACAUAUCUCACUUUCAGGGGAAAUACCGCUGCUUUGCUUCUAAUAAACUGGGAAUGGCUAUGUCAGAAGAAAUAGAAUUUAUAGUUCCAAGUGUUCCAAAGUUCCCAAAAGAAAAAAUUGACCCUCUUGAAGUGGAGGAGGGAGAUCCAAUUGUCCUCCCAUGCAACCCUCCCAAAGGCCUCCCACCUUUACACAUUUAUUGGAUGAAUAUUGAGUUAGAACACAUUGAGCAAGAUGAACGAGUAUACAUGAGCCAAAAGGGAGAUCUGUACUUCGCAAAUGUGGAAGAAAAAGACAGUCGGAAUGAUUACUGUUGCUUUGCUGCAUUUCCAAGAUUAAGGACUAUUGUACAGAAAAUGCCAAUGAAACUAACAGUUAACAGUUUAAAGCAUGCUAAUGACUCAAGUUCAUCCACAGAAAUUGGUUCCAAGGCAAAUUCAAUCAAGCAAAGAAAACCCAGACUGCUGUUGCCUCCUAUGGAGAGUGGCAGUGAGUCUUCAAUGAUCAUCCGCAAAGGGGAAACCCUGCUGCUUGAGUGUUUUGCUGAAGGCCUACCAACUCCACAGGUAGAUUGGAACAAAAUGGGUGGUGACUUGCCAAAGGGAAGAGAAACAAAAGAAAAUUAUGGCAAGACUUUGAAGAUAGAGAAUGUCUCCUACCCGGACAAAGGAAAUUAUCGCUGCACAGCCAGCAAUUUCUUGGGAACAGCCACUCAUGAUUUUCAUGUUAUAGUAGAAGAACCUCCUCACUGGACAAAGAAACCUCAAAGUGGUGUGUAUAGCACCGGGAGCAGUGGUAUAUUGUUAUGUGAGGCUGAAGGAGAACCUCAGCCCACAAUCAAGUGGAGAGUUAAUGGCUCCCCAAUUGACAAUCAUCCAUUUGCUGGUGAUGUUGUCUUCCCCAGGGAAAUCAGUUUUACCAAUCUACAACCAAAUCACACUGCUGUAUACCAGUGUGAAGCCUCAAACGUCCACGGAACUAUCCUUGCCAAUGCCAAUAUUGACGUUGUGGAUGUUCGUCCACUAAUACAAACUGAAGAUGAAGAAGAUUAUGCUACAGUGGUUGGGUACAGUGCUUUCUUGCAUUGCGAAUUCUUUGCUUCACCCGAGGCAAUAGUGUCCUGGCAGAAGGUGGAGGAAGCAAAACCCCUGGAAGGCAGGCGGUACCAUAUCCAUGAAAAUGGCACAUUACAGAUCAACAGAACCACUGAAGAAGAUGCUGGGUCUUACUCUUGUUGGGUAGAAAAUGCCAUAGGAAAAACUGCAGUCACAGCCAAUUUGGAUAUUAGAAAUGCUACGAAGCUUACAGUUCUUCCUAAGAAUCCUCGUAUCCCCAAAUCACAUAUACUUGAAUUACAUUGCGAGAGCAAUUGUGACUCACAUUUGAAACAUAGUUUAAAGUUAUCCUGGAGUAAAGAUGGAGGAGCCUUUGAAAUUAAUGGCACAGACGAUGGCAGGAUAAUUAUUGACGGAGCUAAUUUGACCAUAUCAAAUAUCACUUUAGAGGAUCAAGGUAUUUACUCCUGUUCAGCUCAAACUGCUCUAGAUAGUGUUGCAGAUAUAACUCAAGUAAUUGUCCUUGAUGUUCCGGAUCCACCAGAAAACCUUCAUUUGUCUGAAAGACAGAACAGGAGUGUUCGACUGACCUGGGAUGCUGGAGAUAAUCACAAUAGCAAUAUUAGUGAGUAUAUUGUUGAAUUUGAAGGAAACAAAGAAGAACCUGGAAGGUGGGAGAAAUUGACUAGAGUCCAAGGAAAGGCAAGAACAGUCAUGUUACCUUUGGCUCCAUAUGUGAGAUACCAGUUCAGAGUCAUAGCUGUGAACGAAGUAGGGAGAAGUCAACCUAGCCAGCCAUCAGAACAUCAUGAAACACCACCAGCAGCUCCAGACAGGAAUCCACAAAACAUAAAGGUUCAAGCUUCUCAACCCAAGGAAAUGAUUAUAAAAUGGGAGCCUUUGAAAGCCAUGGAGCAGAAUGGACCAGGACUGGAGUACAGAGUGUCCUGGAAGCCACAGGGAGCCCCAGUGGAGUGGGAAGAAGAAACAGUCACAAACCAUACGUUACGGGUGAUGACACCUACUGUCUAUGCUCCUUAUGAUGUCCAAGUCCAAGCUAUCAAUCACCUCGGCUCAGGGCCUGAGCCUCAAUCAGUGACUCUCUAUUCUGGAGAAGACUAUCCUGAUACAGCUCCAGUGAUCCAUGGGGUGGACGUUAUAAACAGUACAUUAGUUAAAGUUACCUGGUCAACAAUUCCAAAGGACAGAGUACAUGGACGUCUGAAAGGAUAUCAGAUAAAUUGGUGGAAAACAAAAAGUCUGUUGGAUGGAAGAACACAUCCCAAAGAAGUGAAUAUUCUAAGAUUUUCAGGACAAAGAAACUCUGGAAUGGUUCCUUCCUUAGAUGCCUUUAGUGAAUUUCACUUAACAGUCUUAGCUUAUAAUUCUAAAGGAGCUGGUCCAGAAAGUGAGCCUUAUAUAUUUCAAACACCAGAAGGAGUACCCGAACAGCCAACUUUCCUCAAGGUCAUCAAAGUUGAUAAAGACACUGCCACUUUAUCUUGGGGACUACCUAAUAAAUUAAAUGGAAAUUUAACUGGCUAUCUAUUACAAUACCAAAUAAUAAAUGACACCUAUGAGAUUGGAGAAUUAAAUGAUAUCAACAUUACAACUCCAUCAGAACCUAGUUGGCGUCUCUCAAACCUCAAUGCAACUACCAAGUAUAAAUUCUACUUGAGGGCUUGUACUUCAAAGGGUUGUGGAAAACCAAUCACUGAGGAAAGCUCCACAUUAGGAGAAGGGAGUAAAGGUAUCAGGAAGAUAUCAGAAGGAGUAAAUCUUACUCAAAAGACUCACCCAAUAGAGGUAUUUGAGCCGGGAGCAGAGCAUAUAGUUCGCCUAAUGACUAAGAAUUGGGGUGAUAACGAUAGCAUUUUUCAAGAUGUAAUUGAGACAAGAGGGAGAGAAUAUGCUGGUUUAUAUGAUGACAUCUCCACUCAAGGAUGGUUUAUUGGAUUGAUGUGUGCAAUUGCUCUUCUCACUCUAGUAUUGUUAACUGUUUGCUUUGUGAAGAGGAACAGAGGUGGAAAGUACUCGGUGAAAGAGAAAGAAGAUUUGCAUCCAGAUCCAGAAGUCCAGUCAGUAAAAGACGAAACCUUUGGUGAAUAUAGUGACAGUGAUGAAAAACCUCUAAAAGGAAGUCUUCGGUCCCUUAAUAGGAAUAUGCAGCCCACCGAAAGUGCUGACAGCUUAGUCGAGUAUGGAGAAGGAGACCAUGGUCUAUUCAAUGAAGAUGGAUCAUUUAUUGGUGCUUAUGUUGGAUCUAAGGAGAAAGGGUCUGUGGAAAGCAAUGGAAGUUCUACAGCAACAUUUCCACUCCGGGCAUAAGCAUAACACAUAUAAGCAACAUUACUGAUUCACCCCAACCGUCCAUAUUUAUCCAUUCAAGGGAGCAAGAACUUUCAUAUAGGAAUAGAAACAUAUUGGUUGAAGAUUUCAUCCAGAAUUCAACAUCCUGAAAUUAUGUUGAGAAAAAUAGUACUGCCUUCAAAAAAUAAAAUGCCAAGCAUUUCAGGCCCAUGUUUUGUUUUUAUUUUCAGGUGCUCAAAUGCAGAACACAAAACAAAACCUGUAUUUAGAUUCACCUCAACUGAAUCCAAAGUACACAUUCAUUGUACUCUCUAUUUGCCUGAAAUUACUGUGUUUGCAUAGAUGUUGCUACCUUGUGAGUUUAUCUCCAUAUGCACAUUUGUAUUCAGUCUCUGAGAACUGUCUUAGUAACUUUGCUUCACUACAGCUUAAAAGAUCAUAACCAAACUGGUUAUUUAAAAUAUAAAAAGGAAUAUGAAUGUCUUAUUAAAAAAGUUCAUUAAAUAUAUACAGUCUAAAUUUAUUAUUUAAAUUUUAAUAGCAAAACUCUUAGGUGAACAAUCAACUAGUAUUUAUUGAGCGCCUAACUACUUGCCAAGAGAUGGUGAUGCUUAAACAGAAUUACAACUUUCAACAUGAAUUUUUUUAAUUUCUAUCUGUUGUGGCAUUCAUCAGCAUCUUUGUUUUUUUGUGGGAGAUUUUUUUGUGUAUGUGUUUGUUUUUUUUUUUCUUGGACUAAAUUCAGCUGCAUAGAAAGUGGUGGUCAGAGGUUAUUUUAUAAAAGAACAGGAAUAAGGUGUCCACUAUGGUUCUGGAUUCUAAUAACUGUAUUUACUUAAUAUCUUAAUUCCUAAAUUGACUGCUUUUACCUUUUUUCUAUGUUUAUAUAAUGGUAUGCUUGCAUAUAUUUCAUGAAUGCACUGUACCUAUUAUGUUGAUAUUGACACAAUUUAAAAUAUAGAUGUGUUUUAUUUUGAAGUGAGAAAAAGAACAUUAACAGGCAUGUCUGUACAACUAGAGUAUAUAGUAAGUUUUCAUUUUUCAUCAUUUCAGAGCUACAACCAAUAACCUGAGGUUUCAAAACUGAAAACUUUGUAUAAAUCAUUUGGAUUUUGUUCUUAUAUUGCUUUUUUCAACAGUUUCAAAAUAAAAUAUCAUAUAAAUAUUGAGGGAAAUCUUUUCCUAUUUUUAAAAAUAAGUUUUUUGUUCUUAUUGAGUGUAAUCCUACCCUAGCCUCCUGAAAGAAAAACUGUUUACAGUAGAAAUUCCUGUACAUAUGUUUGCCUAUAUCACAUCUUAAACAUCUUUAUGGUGAGCUCUUUCCCCCCCCCCCAUAUCCUUCUUCUGUCAAAGUCAGUACAAAUUCAGGGACUCUAUUUCCUGGCAUGUAUGUUAAUAGACCUUUUAAAAUUGUACACAGAGAUGUUUUUAAAAUAGUAUGAGUGAUUAUGCAUACAAUAAGUAAAAUUCAGUAUUCAACUUUGCAUUUUAGGAAACGAUUUUUAAACUUACCCUGAAAUUCUUAUCUAUGUUUAAGUGAAAUUGACUCACAGAUUUUACUUUAGUUUUUGAACUUCAAUUAUGGGUAUAUGCUGUUAACUCUUCAAAUUUGAUCUAUGUGACCCUUUAUAUUUCUUAGAAACAAAAAUUAGGGACAUUUAUAACGGUCAGUGUAGUAAUGCCCAUGGAAUAUCUACUUGUCUUUUUUAACCCCCACAUGUCCUCCAAAAAUGCAUAGGCAGGAAAAGAAUAUCUAUUUAAAACCAUACUUCAUGGGCUCAGGAUUUGACUAUACUCCUGAAAGUAAGCAUUUCAAAGGGGGAAGGCAUCUUGGUUCCCCACCCUAUGUGAGUGUGAGGAUGCACACAACCAUCAGUGCAACCAGAGCUCCAUCCCCACCUAAUAUCUAAGUUACAUUUUUUUCUGGAGGAACAGUUAUCUAGUUUUAAUUUAUCUGGGAGGAAUUUGUGGUGCUCAGCUACCGAUAAGGUAAAGAUUGGGACUUUCAAGUUUAGUUUUGCUAGUAUUCUAUGUCUCCUUCUUUGUCAUCAGCCAAAAGUGGUUUUAAGAGAGUCAUGCAGGUUAGAAAUAAUGUCAAAACAACCUUUGGAAUGUAAUACUCUUUAAGUCAUAAGUUAAUAAAAAUACUGAAAUAACUGAAAUACUUGCGGUUUCUAAAUAUUCUCUAGCUGUCUGAGACUCAAGGGUGUUCAUAUUUUCUGAAUGAUCAAAACUUACAGAUAUGAAUACAGAGAUUAUGACUACCUUUUGCUACCAUUAUUAUCUUUUCUAACUACUAUUUGGCUUUUACUGUAAAGCUUUACACAGAAGGAAUAAGUUCAUGACUGCCCCAAUUUAAAUUGUGAAAUUAUAUUAUUCAUAUAUUUUAUGAAUCAGAAUAAGCUUCAAAUACAAAAAAAUCCAAAUAGAUUAGAAUGGAUUUCAUUGUUUUCCCUCAGACAAUUAGUAACAGAGUCCAUGAUGUGCAAUGGUGUUUAUAAAUGGGCAGUGAUUGUUUGCAAAAUGCUCACUGAGUGAUAAGGCAAUAGCUAAUAUUUAGAACUUUGUUUUUGAUUGGAUUUACAUUAACUUUCUCUAGUCUACUGUCAAUAUUGUUUUAAUGUAAUUGAUUGUAUAUAAUCUCAAGGAUGGUUGGUAGGGAUGAGUUCCUAGAGAGCUGUCCGAGGGUUGGGAAAAUCCAAGUUCUCUUCCUGGUUCCAGCACUGAUUUUGUACCUAAACUUUAGGCAAGUUGCUUAACCUUUUUGCUUCAAGCUCUAACUAUAAAGUGCUAAUGAUUAACUCAGUUACCUUAUCUUUGUCACAGGGUGUUCUUUUUUAUGAAGAAAAAAUUGAAAAUGAUAAAAGCUAAGAUGCCUUUUAACUUCAUAAACAGACCUGUAAUCUAAUUAUGUAUCUAAAAGUCACCCCCACGCACCAACUCAACUUUUCUCCUGUGAACACAUAAAUAUAUUUUUAUAGAUAAACAAAUCUACAGACAAUAAAAUAAAUCUACUGUUCAAUGAACAGUAUGAUUUGCACAUGCCAUUUAAAAUUAUUAAUCAGAAUAAAAUUAAGCAGGGUCUUUGCUAUACAAAAGUGUUUUCCACUGAUUUUGCAUGCGUAUUUAUAAGAAAAAAUGUGAAUUUGGUGAAUUUUAUUCUAUUGGUAUAAAGGCAUCAAUAUUUUAGAUGUACCCAUGUUUAUAAAAAUGUAGAGCACAAUGAAAUUAUUUGCUGGAAAUCUCAAAUAAUAUUUUUUCCUAUUUUAUAUUCAUGGAAGAGAUAAGUUAAAGAGAGGACAAUGAGAAAUGUUGGUGUGUUUUUCUAAGCAUUUAAAACAUAAUUGCCAAUUGAAGCCCUAAAUAUGUUUACCUGCCAUUAAGAUAUGAUUCUUGUGACAGUUUUAAAUUGGUUAUAAUGGCAUUGGGUUUGUAUUCUGUCGUAGUAUAUAUUCUCGUGUUCCUAUAGUGAAAUAAGUAAGGUUGAGCCAAAGCGUACUUUGUUUUGUACCUGAAAUUGUUUGAUUACAUCAUCAAAAGAAAUAAAAGGUAUGUAGAACAGGUUCACCUGAUUAUCUUUUUCUUUUGGCUUAGAUUAAUAUUCAUAGUAGGCCUUUAUUAAAAAAAGUGUUUGUAUUGUAGGUGGUGUUUGUAUUAUGCUUAUGAAUAUGUAUGGUUUAAAAAUAUUUUCAUUAUACAUGAAAUUCAACUUUCCAAAUAAAAGUUCAACUUCAUGUACUCUAAAAA